CAACUCAAGCAUGUAAGAUUCCAUUGUGUGUACGGAACAGAUUUCCCUACCGUGAAAUACCGAUGCCCCGACUACCAAGCUUUUUCACCAAUGACUAACUAACAAACAAACCCAAAAAGGCCUCUAAAAGGACACCACCAUUCCAUUCACAAACAAGACAUCUAUACUGUAAAUACGAUAUUAAUAAGUAUGGAAGCCCUCCAUCUUCUCUUCUCCAUCACUUCCACUUUCUUCACUUCGCUCGCCCUCUCUCUCCUCCUCGUCUUCCGCACUCUCUUCACGCGCCGCCCUUCCUCCACCAUCCCCUCUAAUGCCGUCUCCCUUUACCAAGGCACUGUCUGGCACGAACGUCGCCGCCCUGCCCACCCCUCUUUCCGCUACUCGGUGCGCUACGCUUUGUUUGACCUCGACCACGCACACGCACCUCCUGGCCACCUUUCUGCCGAUGACGCUCGCCAAGUCGCUCAGACUACCGGACCAGUUUUUCUGCUGACAAUUCCUCCAAGUGUGGGAUAUGAACAAAAUCCACUGAGUUUGUAUUAUUGCUAUGACAUGGAUGGGUGUGCUCGACUUCUCAAGAAAUGCAUUGCGGAGGUAACAAAUACUCCAUGGGGUGAAAGAGUUGUUUUCAUUUUUCAUCCUAACUCAGAUGUAGUGGCAAAACCAUUACAUGUCAGCCCUUUUAUGGAUAUGCUGGGGAAUUGGAAUAUCAAAGCAAAUGAUCCCACGGACAGUUUAUCUGUGUUUAUUUCAGUUCAGCACCCUGAGCUUGGUGACUAUUUUGUGGCCUCAUUGAAAGCUAAAAGACUCUCCUCAGUGUCUGAUCAUGCUAUGUUCUUCUGGCUGAUGCCACAUAAAGUUGCAUUAUGGAUAUAUUGGCAUGCCUUAAGACUGUGGUGGAAGAAUGUUCAUUUCAUCCAACAUCCAAGAUAUACUAACCCUACAUAUAGGGAGGAAGCUAUGAUCCGUGAUAAAAAACUUCAAUGUAAUCAGGCUCUUGCAUGGGACAGAGGCAACUGUUUGCAAGCUGAUGGACAUCAUCCAGGAAAUUUAGCUGAUAGAAAACGUUGGUUCAAGUGGAGAGAUGCCAAAAGGCCUUGGUGUUGAGGGAUCGAUGGCAGCCCAUUAAAUCAGUAGUCACCUCUCGAGGCACAUAUAUCGAUACCUACUCUUCUGACUCCACAACAGGGUGUCUUUCAGUCUUUUUGCUGUGGAAUGAAUGAAUGCUGGUUGAUUUGCAUGUGUAUUGCGCUUCUUCUUCUUCUGGUUGUUGGGUUCUGGUAAUAAUAUCGAUCUUCAUUAGUGUUGGUUGAUUUGCAUGCAACCUAUGAGUUGCAAAACCUUCAAUGUGUUGCAAAUGAAAUGUUUGGAAAACUAAGCUUUUCUUUGCCUACUUUGUUAUCUAUGCCUGUUGUUUUGUAGAAAAAUGUUUGCUCUAUGUUGGGAUCUCUUGUGGUUAAAUGGGGAAAAUUAUGACUUAUAAUUU